AUUGAAAAGUAAAAAGACAGCUGUGGAAUAUUUUUUGAGUGUUUGUUUAUAAUAUGAGUAACAUCCUUUUCCUGUAUUUACACCAAUUUCAAAGACCAAAAAUCAAAUUAUAGUGAUUUUUCCCCCUUUAACUUAUUCUGAAUGUGAAUAAUUGAUUUCAAAAGUACCUUGUGUCAAUUAGACCAAGGCGGAAAUUGCGGAAGUCCUCUAUUCAUUUUUUUAAAAAGAAAACAACAGCUGUCAUUCAUUGCCAAGAACUUUUCAAUUAGAUUAAUAUGUGUGCUUUGCCGCUUUCCAAGGUUCUUCCACAGAGAAAAAGUAAUAGUCUUGAUGCUGAAAGAGAAAAUUUUGAGCGAUCACAGAGUAUAAGUAUAUCUAAAGCAAUCAACUGUCAGGAGUCUCCUGUCAAAGAAAAACAUGUUCGUUCUGCAAUUAUUGGCACUUUCACUGAGAAAGGAGCCGGUACUUUUUGGAGUGUUGUUAUGAAAUUGCCAUUGCAGGGAAACCCAAUAGUUUGCUGGAAAUUUUGUCAUGUGCUUCAUAAAGUUAUCAGAGAAGGGCACCAUAAUGCAAUCUUAGAUUCCCAAAAAUAUCAGACCAGUAUAAAAGAUUUGGGAAAAUUAUGGGGUUUACUGAAAGAUGGUUAUGGGCGCCUAAUCCAAUGUUACUGUAAUCUUCUAAUUUCUAAGUUAGAAUUUCACAGAAAAAAUCCUAGAUUUCCUGGUAAUUUAUCAGUUACAGAUGAACAGUUAGAUGAUAUUGGUGAACGAGAUGUCAAUGUAUUCUUUCAAUUGAGCUGUGAAUUUUUUGACUAUAUGGAUGAAAUACUUUCUUUACAAGCAGCUGUUUUUGGGUCAUUAGACAUGUCCAGAUCUAAUUCUAUGACAAACUGUGGGCAGUGUCGUCUUGCACCAUUAAUUCCAUGUAUACAAGAUUCAAGUCAGUUGUAUGAUUAUACAGUAAAAGUUCUCUUCAAGCUUCAUGCAGCUCUUCCCCCAGAUACUCUUACUGGGCAUAGAGAAAGGUUUCUUCAGCAAUUUAAAAAAUUGCAACAAUUUUAUUUGAGUGCAAGUAAUCUACAGUACUUUAAACAUCUCAUUCAUGUUCCUUUGCUACCAGAAAAGCCUCCAAACUUCUUGAUAGCUUCAGAUUUAAGUGCUCAUGUGAGUCCUGUUGUUAUAUUGCCACCUCAUUCAGAUACCCCAGAAAAUGAAACAGUUGAUAUGAAUUUGAUUGAUACUACUGUGCCAAAAGCUUGUCCAAGUCCUGAUGUUCUUGAUGGUAUUCUUCUGAAAAAUGAUCACCAUCAGAGGAAUGGGGCUAGUUCUCCUGAUCAAGUAUCUGAAAAGGAUAUGCUGAUUGAAAAGUUGCAUAGAGAGAUUGAAUUAUUGAAAAUGGACAUACAAAGAAUUCGAAUUGAGUAUGAAAGGAAAAUUGAUGAUCUUAAACGACAAAUGGUUGGCCUCGAAUCACAAAUUGCAGAACAGGAUCGAAUUAUUCAGCAUCUGAAAGAUGAAAAUGAAAGACUUUCUCAAUGUACUGUAUCUGAAAAUGAAACACAAGAAAUUGUAUUGAAACUUUCGGAAGCUGAAAAAAAAGCUAAGUCUCAAGAAGAAAAGUUUAUUAAAAUGAAAGAAGUGUAUGGCAAGCUUCGUGAAGAACAUAUAGCUCUUAUUAGAGGUAAAGCUGAAUGUGACAAGCAAAAUACUGCAUUAAAGACAUCAUUAGAAACUGUUGAAUUAGAAAAGAAAUCUUUAAAUCAGAUGGUAAAUGAGCUUAAAUCUGUCAGAAAUACAGAAACUGAAAAACUGCAGAAAACUGAAAGUUAUGAAUUACAAAUGAGUGCUUUAUCUGAAGAGAAAGAAAAUCUAUUGAAGAUGAAUUUGGAGCUUCAAGAGAAACUUUCUGCCAUGAAGUCUGAAUUUUCUAUUCUCGAAACAGAAUUAAAUAGUGUGACUGGAACUGUGCAAGAGCUUGAUGUAAAACUGAAAGAUGCAAAAGAUCAAUAUGCUUCUUUAGAAGAACAGAAUAAAAAGGAAUCAAAUAAAAAAUUUUCCUAUUUAAAUUGUGUAUUCAAGGAAGCAGAACAUAUAGUCCAGGUUGCGGUAGAUGACUUUGAUAAUCCUGUUUUAUCCGUGACUAACUGCCCUCCAGAAAAUUUUUUGCAACAGUUAAGCAACAUAACAUUAAAUGCCGAAAAAUUUGAAAAUGCUUAUAUGAAAUUUGUCAAAGAUCCAGAUGAUAUUGAAGAUAUUUUGCAGUCAACCAUGACGUUUACCCAUUUGUUAACUAAUGUGAUUGUUGAGGGUAAAGCUACAUCAAAUGCUUCACCAAAUAUUGAAUUAGGUGACCAACUUGCUCAAUCAUGUAAGCAGUUAGGUGUGUCAGGAGUGAAUUUGUUCAGAGUUCUUCAGUCUGAAGAUACUGAAAAAGUUUUGGAAGUUUUUAACAAAGUUUCUGCAGAAAUUUCAAAUACUAUGAAAAUUAUGGAAGUAUUAGUGCCUAAUAUGUCUCAAGAGCAAUCUCAAAAGCUUGGUGAUAUUAUUGAAAGAGAGCUGAAACAGAUGGAUAUUGAUAUUGAAGAGGCUGCUCGAAGAAUACAGGAAUUGCUAAAUAGUAGCAAAGCUGGUGACUCUGGUAUGAAGCUAGAAGUUAAUAGCAAGAUCUUAGAUUCAUGCACAAAUCUAAUGCAGGCUAUUAAAGUACUUGUUCAUGCAUCUAAACUGCUUCAAGAAGAAAUUGUUUCUCAAGGAAAGGGAACAGCAUCAAUUAAGGAAUUUUAUAAUCGAAAUCAUAGGUGGACAGAAGGUCUUAUCUCAGCUGCGAAAGUGGUGGGCUUAGGAGCAAGGUUUCUAGUCAAUGCUGCUGACAAAGUUGUUAGUAAACAGACAAAGUUUGAAGAAUUGGUGGUGGCCUCUCAGCAAAUAGCUGCAGCUACUGCACAGCUUGUUAUUGCUUCUCGUGUGAAAGCUGAGAGAGGUAGUGAGAAAAUGCUCAAAGUUUCUCAAGCUUCUAAACAAGUAACCGAAGCAACUGGGCAAGUUGUUGCAACGGCUAAAAGUUGUGCUGAAAUGGUUGAAGAAUCUGAGGAAAUGGAUUUUUCAAAACUUACUCUUCAUCAGGCAAAGCGAUUGGAGGUUGAAUCUCAGGUACGUGUUUUAGAACUGGAAAGUAUGUUAGUUAAAGAAAGAGUAAAAUUAGCCGGACUAAGGAAGAAACAUUAUCAGUUAGCUGGAGCUAGUGAAGGCUGGGAAGAAGAGGACUUUGCUGCUUGAAAUUGUGACCUUCUGUUGUAAAGAAAAGAAGAAUCAGGGUGCUUUUGUUUCACUCUUAAUUCAAUGGAUAUUUUAAAUGUGUUUCAAGCAUCAAGUUAUAUUCUAAAUUCACAUUAUUGGUUUUAAUCAGAUUUAUUAAUAACUUAUAUCUUUAUGUAGGAUAUGUGUAAAUAACUUUUGAGUAAUAUUCUCAUGAAUAUUUCUCAGUUUAAAAUCUUUGUAUUUUAACAUUGUAGUCAUACAGCUGUUAGUUAAUAUUCAUUUAUAUUUUUAAAAUGCUGUUGAAUAUAUGCUGAUUUUUGCUUUUGUAAUACUUUUUACUGACUGGGAACAUAUGUUCUCUUGUGUAUAUAACUAAAAUAUAGAUUUAAUUUUAUGUAUUUCAACUGUUAAAAAUCUGGAAAACUGAUACUAAUAUUAAUUUGUUUCCUGAUUUUCAGUAACAGUUUGAUAUCAAAUUAAAAUUCAUUGUAUUCAUGACCAUCUAACACAUUUAUUUAGAUAUUUUUUGGCAUUAAUUGUAUUAUAAAUGAGUCAUUUUAUGUUAUUUUGAAGUAUAUUUUUAAGCAUGAUAUAAUUCAUUUGUGAUCAUUAAAUCGAACUGAAACAAUAAGUAAAUUUAUUUUACAGGGAAUUUCAGAUAUUUUCAUCUGUUCAUAUUAUACUUCUGGUCUUGGGAUAAGAAACGUUAUACAUAUUUAUAUAUUAAACAAAUUUUUUCAAAGAGUUUAUUAAAAAUGAAUAAUUUACAAAUGAAUAAAAGGAUACAAUAUAAGUUUUAUAGGUUAUUUAAUUUUUUGCCUAUCCUCCAUUAGUUGGGUUUUAGGUUAUUUUUUCAAUUUGAAUUAUUAUGUGGUGAAACUAUUCAUUAUUCAGAAAAAUUUAAGUUAUGAAUAAAAAUCUUUUAUUAAGGAAAGAAUAAAGUCAAAUCACAGUCAUACGAUGAAUAUAACUUCACAUGUCAUGUAGCAUCUCACUGAACUUUGUCUUCUGCUAUUCUGUGACAUUGCUCCAAAGAUUGCCUAUAAUAAAAAGAGAGUGUUUUUUAUCUAUUUAUAAAAAACAGUCUUCUGAAUUUUUUUUUUAAUUCAGAGUUUUAUUUUGGCUGCAUAAAUAUUCCAUGACCCUACCUGUGAAUGAAAUUUCUUUUAUCAUCCUCAAAUAUACAUUUUGAUUGAGGGGGAGAAAAAAGGCAGUAGGAAGGACAAUGAAGCUUUAAGUAAGGAUAAACAAAAAAGAAGCAUAGUUAACUAUGUUAUGUAUAAAAUUGUAAUGGAAUGUUAUAAAUCAAAAUGUGUUUUUUAAAAAUGUAAUAAGAAUAAAUAUCUGAAAAUAAGACCUUUUACAUUUUCCAAAUUGCUCUAUUUGACAUGAUAUGGAUCAGAAACUAUUGUUUAAGAAGCUCGUAUGUGAAGAGUAUCUUAACAUGUAAGUAUAAAAUUAUAAAUACUAUUUCCCAUCAGCUGAAUUUUGAAUCUUCAUUAAUUAUUUUACUUUUGUUAAUACUUUUUGAAAAGUAUUGUAUAUACAUUUCUUUAGUACAUUGUCAAAUAAACAAUCGCGAAAAUACAAAUAUAAAAUUAUCGAUUAUUUUUUAUGCAAUUUAAUGCAUUUUUAUCGGUUUAAUUAGGCAUCCGUCCAUGCAAUUUACUUUCCUCAUGAAAAUCAGGUGCCUGCAUUUUUGGUCAAUACUACAUUGAAAAGUUACAGUUACAUAUAAGUAUCUGAAAAUAAAUUGGACAUUUUUUUUUCUUCAUUUUAUUCAAGAAUUUUGGUAUAUUUAACGUAUUUGUAUUUUAUUUUAUGAGUGAAUACUUUUUUCUUUAACUAAUGAACUUCAACAAAUUUUUUAAUCUUAAACAUGUACUAUCUGGAUACAGUAUUUAACAUUAGCUGCUCUUUUAUUCAUCUAUAUAAUUAUUCAGCUUCUGGAAAUCUUUCUGCUUUGAAAUCAGCUGAAAUGAUCAAUGGAUUUUUGAUGAUCAUGAUUUUGAGAUUUGUAAGACAGAGGCACAUUUUUGCUGAACUUUUGUACACUAAAACUAAAUUUAAAGGGCUUAUUUUCUUUUUACGUGAUCAACUAUUCUGCUUAAGUAAUAGUAGAUAUUUUGCAUACUUGUCAAUGUUAUUUGUAAUGGUGUUGUUGCAAUGAAAAAUGACAUUUCGUUUUGUGUCAUAUGCUUAUGAUAUGAACCUUUAAAAGUGAAUCUUAUAAAAAUAUUGUGAAAAGUUCUUCAUAUCUAUACUGUGGUUAGCUUGAUAAUUGUUGAAGUAGAUAUGCAUAUUUAAAUUAUGAGAAUGUAUAUUUGUUAUCUUGUUUUGUGAAAAAAUUCAAUUUUUGAUAAGUACUAUUUGACAGUAUUCUUAAAAUUAAACAAUUUUAAAUUAUACCACCGAACUGGUCAGAAAAGGUUCCAAAGUAUAUUUUUGUUAAAUGCAUGUCUUUGUUGUUGAGCUAUAUAGAUUAUUACUAGCAUUUGCAUUUUUUGCAAAGCAUUUUUGUUUCCCAUUACAUGAACCAAAAAGUACACUUCACUUGUAUAUUCAUAUGCUUCACUCUUAUGAUUUCAGCAUUCCUCAACAAUAAAAUUUAUACUUUUCUUCAA